UACCUACACGGGUUCUGUAUUGUCAGUUGAGAUUUAUUUUGUUUUAUGUUCAUUUCAGAUAUUUUAAGUCUGGAAUUUUCGUUCUACAAUAACUAUUGGCAUGGCCGCUUUGGGUUUAUACAUUUUUUUUUCAAUACACUGAACGACAUUGUUGAAAAAUAGCAUCCGGUGAAUAAAUUAAGUAAAUUAAAUGUUAUACAUACAGGUAUGGUAUUUCCUGUCAAAUAUGGUGCAUUGAGUAUAAAACGUGAACGACUAUUUCUCAGCUCCCAUUGAUCAGUAAUUUCAUUUGCAUAUUAUACGUUGUUCGUGCGAAAUAAAAUAUUUCAAUACAAAUAUGUUUACCAAAAGUCUGUUGAUUUGUCUUUUGGCGGCUAUUUCAGUGAUAACUGUAAAUGCCGAAAAAAAAUAUAACAACCAAAGUGAACUCAUAGAUGACAUGUUAGAUAAUGUGUUUACUUGUAUGCAAGAACUGGACAUAAAUCCUGACGUUUGCGGUGAAUUGUUAUUGAAGGACAAAGAUCACAAUGAUAAGAAGUACGAUAACUGCAAGUGCCUCGGACCAUGCGUGGCGAAGAAAAUGGGAACGAUGAACACGGACACCGGCAAGUGGAACUGGGCCAGAUUUAAAGAGUUAGCGGAAUUGAUGGAAAACGACUUGCUCAGGAACGAGUCGAACAUAAUGCAAACGCACUGCAUAGACGAAGUGAACACUCACUGUACGGCCGGUUACGUCUUCAUGAAAUGCGUCUUGCAGAAUUCCCCGAUGGCUCAAGAUAUGGUCAAAAAUUAUUUGUCCGCGAAAGAAAACACGCCAAACGGAGAAGAGGCCGCAGAAUAACCAUAUAUUUACGUAAUAAUACCUAUAUGAUUAAAAAAAACUGUACCGUACACGAUAAUAAUAAUUACGAUGAUAUUAUUGUUGUACGCAAACAGUGCGAUGCACUCCAUGUCCGCGUCAUUGUUAUGUUUUCAAAAACAAAUAAUUACGUUAAAUCGUAUACCUACUAUAUAGGUACUAUACUCUAUGCAUAUACAUAUUAUUAUUAUCAUCUAAUUUCAUUUAAUCGCACGGCGAAAUAAUAAAACAAAACGGCAGCCGGUAAGUCGUGGUACCUACUAUCGUUCA